GAGCAGGAGCUCGGCCUGUCCCUGGAGGAGCUGCGUGUCGACUACGAGCUCCCCGAUGGCAAGCUCAUCACCAUUGGCCAGGAGCGCUUCCAGUGUGCCGAGAUGCUCUUCAAGCCCACCCUGGUGGGCAGCAACCAGCCCAGCCUCCCCGCGCUCACGGCCGCCUGCCUGGGCCAGUGCCAGGAGACUGGCUUCAAGGAGGAGAUGGCCGCCAACGUGCUGCUGUGUGGCGGCUGCACCAUGCUGGACGGCUUCCCAGAGCGCUUUCAGAGGGAGCUGAACGUCCUCUGCCCCGGGGACAACCCCACAGUGGCUGCUGCUCCUGAGAGGAAGACCUCCGUGUGGACCGGUGGCUCCAUCCUGGCCUCCCUGCAGGCUUUCCAGCAGCUCUGGGUUAGCAAGGAAGAGUUUGAGGAGCGGGGCAGUGCAGCCAUCUACAGCAAAUGCUGA